AGAUUGGAAAGCCGGAAGUAUCAAAUGUAGGCGGGGCCAAACUAGGAAGUAAAAAGUAUCAAAUAACAUAAACCACUACUUUGCUUCAUAGUGAUUUUAACAUUAUUUCCGAAGAUGAUCCCUGUUUGUUUUAUCAGCAUUGGAUUAUGAAGACCACAACUAUGACUGCAUAAAGCCCAUGGACAAAGCGUUACACUUCUGAGCAUGAGAAUGGAGGAGACAAGCCGUGAGGCGGUUGCCACAGCUGUUCAGCGCGUGGCUGGAAUGCUGCAGAGAUCUGACCAGUUGGACAAAGUGGAGCAGUAUAGAAGAAGAGAGGCCAGAAAGAAAGCCUCUGUCGAAGCAAGGCUUAAGGCAGCCAUCCAGUCUCAGCUGGACGGUGUCCGCACCGGACUAACUCAGUUGCACAGUGCCUUGCUCGACGUGAAGGACAUCCAGAGCUCCCUGGCUGAUGUGAGCAAAGACUGGAGGCAGAGCAUCAACACUAUAGAGAACCUGAAAGAUGUCAAAGAUGCUGUCGUUCAACAUAGUCAGUUGGCCUCCGCUGUGGAAAACCUUAAAAACAUUUUCUCGGUGCCAGAGAUUGUGGAAGAGACCCAGCAGCUGAUAGAGCAGGCAGAGUUGCUUCAGGCUCACAGGAAACUGAUGGAUCUGGAGAGCUCCCGAGAUGAUCUUAUGUAUGAGCAAUACCGCAUGGACAGCAAGAACACCAGUGACAUGCAUCUCAUCUCCAUCUAUUUUGAAGAUGUUCAGCGGUUAUCAGAUGAGCUUGCCAAGCAGUCAUGGAUGGUUCUGCAGAGGGCCAUGGUUACUGUUCGUCGUGACCCCACCAUGCUAGUGUCAGUGGUUCGUAUCAUUGAACGUGAGGAGAAAAUCGACCGGCGGAUGGUUGACCGUAAAAAACAGACAGGCUUCAUCCCGCCUGGACGACCCAAAAGAUGGAAAGACAAAAUGUUUCAGGUAUUGGAGGGCACUGUCAGCACCCGCAUCGAGGGCACACAGUCAGUGACGAGAGAAGCUGAUAAAAUGUGGCUUGUUCGUCUUCUGGAGAUAACAAGGAAAUAUGUUUUAGAUGACCUCAUCAUUGUCAAGAACCUCAUGGUUCAAUGCUUCCCACCACAUUACAACACCUUCAACAGGUUUUUCCGUCUUUACCACAAUGCCGUUUCCGCUCGUGUCAAAGAACUGGCAUCUGAGGACUUGGAAGCGAAUGAAAUCGUGUCCAUGUUAACCUGGGUCCUCAAUACCUAUAAGAGUGCAGAGAUGAUGGGCCAUCCAGAGCUUAUUGCUGAAUGUGACAUCAACCAGCUCGAGUCUCUGCUACCUCAGGAUGUGGUGGAUGAUUUACUCAGCAAAUAUGUCCAGACUUUCACAUCUAAUAUUACCGGCUGGCUGAGGAAAGCUCUUGAAACAGACAAGAAGGACUGGCAGAAAGAAACAGAGCCUGAGGCUGAUCAGGAUGGGUACUAUCAAACUACACUGCCUGCCAUCGUCUUUCAGAUGUUUGAACAGAACCUGCAAGUAGCCGCUCAGAUCGAUGGAGACUUUAAAGAGCAGGUUCUCAAGCUCUGCCUGAAACAGAUGAACUCAUUCCUCAUUCGGUACAGAGAAGAGGCCGUGGCCUAUAAAGAAGAACAUCUGCGAGAUCGACAGCUUCCUCAAUGUUACGUGCAAUACAUGAUCGCCAUCAUAAACAAUUGCCAGACAUUCAAAGAGUCCAUCAACAGUCUAAAGAGAAAGUAUUCUCAGUCCUCGGAGCCCACUGACAGUGAUGCUGCCAUCGCGAGGACACUCAACGAGGUGGCCAAGGAGGGAUGUCAGUUCCUCUUAGAUGAAGUCUUCUUGGACCUUGAGCAUCACCUCAGUGAACUUCUAACCAGAAAAUGGCUGACAGGAUCUCAUGCUGUGGAUACUAUCUGUGUGACGGUGGAGGACUACUUCAAUGACUUUAACAAGAUCAAGAAACCCUUUAAUCAGGAAAUGACAAGUGAAGCCCUUCGCAGGGUUGUGGUGGACUACAUUAAGGCGGUAAUGCAAAAGAGGAUCACCUUUAAGAAUGCUGAUGAGAGGAGGGAAGGAGCUGAGAGAAUGACCAAAGAGGCUGAGCAGUUCAGGUUCCUCUUCAGAAAACUGGCUGCUGGAGAAGACACAGAUCGUCUAUGUGGCGCUAUUGUGGCCAUUGCUGAAGUCUUCAAACUGACCGACCCGACACUGCUCUUCCUGGAGGUCACUACGCUGGUUUCCAAAUACCCUGACAUCAGGGAGGAGCAUAUCCAGGCGCUGCUAGCGGUGCGCGGUGAUGCGAGCAGGGAUAUGCGCCAAAUGAUCAUCGGAACACUCAGCGAGAACAAAGUAUCUUAUGCAGGUGUCACACAGCCCAUCUUCAAAGACAUCACUGUGCCCACUAUCACCAUGACUACCAUGACUACCAUGACCUCCAUGGCAACUGCAAAGCUGCUUAAAUAAAGCCAUGUUGACCAUUUCUUCCUUCAAAAAGGAUAAUAUGAUUUUCACCUCAGGAUACUGGGUUGUUUAUUGCACCUUCCUGUUUCUGUUUACUUGCUGUUUAAUCGCCAUGCUGAUUUGUGCUCCAGAAAAUUGUAAAUUUACCGUUGUAAAAAUGAACUGCCCAUUCAAAUAUAUCUAUGUCAUAAUUGAAACUUUAAGAAUCAUUGAGGACAUACAGAGGAACUAAAGUGCUUAAUCAGCUUUUUUGUCAUUUGUUUUGGAUUCCACCGUAACGGUCCUUUUCCCAUUCAGCUGAGAAAGCUAUUAUAAUGAUCACCUUUUGGCUACUCGUUAGUGAAGAAGGCUACCAGUAGAGUGAGAAUGAAUUGAUCAUCUUAUCAACAAUUUUGAUAAUUGAUUAUUUAGCGCUAUUGUUUAACUUAAAAUUUCAGACUUACAAAAGUCCGAUAACAGUUAAAUUGAUUCCAGUGUAAUUGACAUUAAACAAUAACUAAUAGCAAUAGUCCAUUAACGAGUAAUCUUUUUUUUUUUUUUAAUAAUGUAAAAACAUUUUUUUACAAUGAAUCGAUCAAUUCUAUAAAUAUUCAAUAGUGACAGCCAGCCCUAGCUAGCCGUUUGAUACACUUCUGAAAAUAAAUUCACUCAAAUUUCAACCAGCCACAUGCACACUGUCCUCACACAAGUCAGGCAACUGUACAUACCAUUAGCAACUCCUGUUUGAAAACAGCUGAAUAUUACAAAGCAACACUUCACUUCAAUCUGCCUGUUUACAUUUCAAAUGAUCACUUAUAAACCAUGUCUCAUUACUGGUGAGAUAUAUUUGGAAAGGCCCUGGGUUGUCCUUGAGGGUGACCUGGUGACCCUUAUGUGUAUAUAGUGUGUGUUCCGUUUGCAAAAAUCGGUGGUAUUUGUAAAUUAUCAGUCUGAAUAAAUCCUACAAAUUA